AUGGGUGAAAACACGUCCCCGCAAGAGCUACCUAGCUUCACUUCUGCCGAUCGCAUUCGACAGCUAAAUGACAUGGACAAAGACGUUACCAAACUUCUUCAUUCUGCCGGUCUCGCGAUCCAAGCCUUGACCAACGCCAAACCAGACUCUUCCGUUGCACCAGAUGGAUCACUCGACUCACACAAAACGCGGUUCAAAGAAGCGAGUGCGAAAUACUUUGCCCUUCUCUCCUCAGCCGAUGUUACCCUCCGCCGCCAGAUCUACUCCCUAGAGGAAUCAUCUCUAGUCGGACCUGAGAAAGGCUCGCGCGCAGGGGACACAAAAGCUGGAGCCAGGAACGAAGGAGUCGCAGGAGCUAAAUCGCGAGCUCCAAACUCAUUGGAUAUCAGUCGGCUCAACACCCGGAAGGAUACAGUUGGGAAAGAUAAGGAGGCUGAAUUGUGGGCGGCUGCUCGGAAAUUCGUUGAGCAGACACAGAAGCCUUCCGAGACAAGCAAGGACUCUAGGCCAGCGAAUGAACCGGAGGAUAUGCAGGUGGAUUGA